ACCAAUCAUUGUUAAAUCGUGAUCCCCCGAUGGAGCUUUACUUUAACAUUGUGUCACCGCCGUGCCAGACUGUGCUGCUGGUAGGCAAAAAGCUCGGCAUCACCUUCGACCUGAAGGAAGUCAAUCCCCAUCUGCCGGAAGUGCGAGAAGAGCUGAAGAAGUACAAUCCUCAGCACACCAUACCGACGUUCAUCGAGGAUGGACACGUUAUUUGGGAGUCGUACGCCAUCGCCAUCUAUCUGGUGGAAAAGUACGGCAAAGACGAUUCACUCUACCCGAAAGACGCGAAGGUACGCUCGAUCGUGAACCAGCGGCUGUUCUUCGACAAUGGCUUAAUGUUCAAGAGUGCCAUCGAGUACGUGGAGUGUAUUCUGAAAAAAAAGCUUGAACCAACGGAAGAGAUGGUGCAGAAGCUGAAGAAGUCGCUCGGACUGUUGGAAUCAUUCGUGAAGGAACGCUCGUUCGUCGCUGCCGAUCAUCUGACGAUCGCCGACAUUUGUUUGCUGAGCAGCGUGACGAUGCUGGGCGGGCUGAAGUAUGAUUUGGAACCGUACCCAGGCAUUCAGGCAUGGGUUGGACGUGUGACGGGCGAGCUGCCAAACUAUGCCGAAUUCCACAAGGAACUGCUCGAGAAGAGCCUGGAGUACAUUAAAACGUUGUAG